AUGGAUACUGGUGAGAUAUUUGGAGUGACUAGUGCAAGGAUAAGCAGCUCAAACAUAUGGAGGAACAGUGCAAGGGAAGUUUUUUCAAAGUCUUCCCGAGAAGAAGAUGAUGAAGAAGCACUUAAAUGGGCUGCCAUUGAAAAGCUGCCUACGUAUUUGCGGAUAACGAGAGGUCUAUUGACCGAUGAAGAGGGUAAAGCGAGAGAAAUCGAUGUCAACGACCUCGGGUUUUUGGAGAAAAAGAAUUUGUUAGAGAGAUUGUUGAAGAUUGCAGAGGAAGACAAUGAGAAGUUCUUGUUGAAGCUCAAGGGCCGCAUUGACCGAGUUGGGCUAGAACUUCCAACAAUUGAAGUCAGGUUUGAGCAUUUAACAGUUGAUGCAGAAGCUUAUGUUGGCAGUAGAGCAUUGCCUACCAUCUUCAACUUCUCUGUCAAUAUGCUUGAGGGGUUCUUAAAUUGCCUCCAUAUUCUUCCAAGUAGAAAGAAACCAUUACCAAUCCUUCAUGAUGUCAAUGGAAUCAUCAAGCCUGGAAGAAUGACAUUGCUUUUAGGUCCUCCAAGUUCUGGGAAAACCACAUUGCUGCUUGGUUUGGCUGGAAAGCUUGAUUCAGAUCUAAAAGUUUCAGGAAAAGUAACUUACAAUGGUCAUGGAAUGGAUGAGUUUGUUCCACAGAGAACAUCGGCUUAUAUCAGUCAGUAUGAUCUUCAUUUAGGAGAAUUGACUGUUAGAGAAACAUUAGCAUUCUCGGCUAGAUGUCAAGGGGUUGGACCUUAUUGUGAAAUAUUAGCAGAGUUGUCAAGGAGAGAAAAGCAAGCAAACAUUAAGCCUGAUCCAGAUAUUGAUAUUUACAUGAAGGCUGCAUUACUAGAAGGGCAGGAGGCUAGUGUGGUCACAGAUUAUGUUCUUAAGAUUUUGGGUCUGGAGGUUUGUGCGGAUACCUUGGUGGGUGAUGAAAUGCUGCGGGGUAUUUCUGGUGGACAGAAGAAGCGAUUAACGACAGGGGAGAUGUUGGUUGGACCGGCUAGGGCACUCUUCAUGGAUGAGAUAUCGACUGGUUUGGACAGUUCUACAACUUACCAGAUUGUGAAUUCAAUCAGACAUUCCAUCCACAUCCUUCAAGGGACAGCGAUCAUCUCUCUCCUCCAACCGGCACCAGAAACUUACAAUCUGUUUGAUGACCUAAUUCUCCUCUCAGAUGGGCAAAUUGUAUAUCAAGGCCCCCGAGAAGGUGUGCUUGAAUUCUUCGAGUCCAUGGGCUUCAAAUGUCCGGAGAGGAAAGGAGUUGCUGACUUUUUACAAGAGGUGACAUCAAAGAAAGAUCAGGUUCAGUACUGGGCAAACAAAGACGAACCUCAUAAUUUUGUAACCGUCAAGGAAUUUGCAGAAGCAUUUCAGUCAUUCCACGUUGGCCGGAAACUUGGUGACGAGCUUGCUGUUACAUUUGACAAAGCUAAGAGCCACCCUGCCGCUUUGACAACUAAGAAGUAUGGCAUCAACAAGAAGGAACUUUUAAAUGCCUGCACGUCGAGAGAAUACUUGCUCAUGAAGAGGAACUCAUUUGUCUUCAUAUUCAAAAUGGUGCAACUUAUUAUUAUGGCAUUUAUAACAAUGACGGUGUUUCUAAGAACUGGGAUGCCCAGAAACAAUUUAGACGAUGGAGGGAUUUUCAUGGGUGCCCUGUUCUUCGUUCUCAUUAUGAUUAUGUUUAAUGGGUACUCGGAAAUUACCUUGAGCAUCAUGAAACUUCCCGUCUUUUACAAGCAAAGAGACUUUCUCUUCUUCCCUGCUUGGGCAUACUCUUUACCAACAUGGAUCCUCAAGUUGCCAAUCACAGUUGUAGAAGUUGGUAUAUGGGUUUUCCUCACUUACUAUGUCAUAGGCUUCGAUCCAGAUGUUGGAAGGUUUUUCAGACAAUACUUUCUACUCCUAUGCAUUAACGCAAUGUCUUCUGGGCUGUUCCGAUUCAUGGGGGCAAUAGGAAGGAACAUCAUUGUGGCAAACACAUUUGGAUCAUUUGCAUUACUUGCAGUUCUUGUCUUGGGCGGAUUUAUCUUGUCACAAGAUGAGGUAAAGAAAUGGUGGAUAUGGGGUUAUUGGGUCUCCCCUAUGAUGUACGGGCAAAAUGCUUUAGCAGUGAACGAAUUUCUUGGCAAGAGUUGGAGACAUAUUCCUCCUAAUUCUACAGAGACACUAGGACUACAAGUUUUGAAGGCUCGUGGGCUUUUUCUAGAAGCGCACUGGUAUUGGAUCGGAGUAGGAGUUACAGUCGGAUACUUUUUCAUAUUCAAUUUCCUUUUCACUCUGGCUCUAGCCUAUCUUAACCCAUUUGGCAAGCCUCAGGCAAUUCUAUCUGAAGAAACCUUGGCUGAGAGAUCUGCAAGCAAAAAAGGAGGGUUAACUGAGUUGACAUCAAAAAUAAAGAACUCUUCUGGAAAAGGAAAUGAAGUGCAAAGAAGUGUAUCAUCCCGGUCAAUGUCAUCAAGAGUGGGAAGCAUUACCGAAGCUGACCAGAAAAGAGAGAGAGGAAUGGUUCUACCUUUUGAACCCCUUUCCAUCACAUUCGAUGACAUCAGAUAUGCAGUAGAUAUGCCACAGGAAAUGAAAGAUCAAGGUAUACCUGAAGAACGAUUAGAACUUCUGAAAGGAGUAACGGGUGCUUUUCGACCGGGAGUUCUUACAGCUCUCAUGGGUGUCAGUGGAGCUGGCAAGACAACCCUGAUGGACGUUUUGGCUGGUAGAAAAACUGGUGGAUAUGUUGAAGGAAGGAUCACAAUCUCCGGGUACCCGAAAAAGCAAGAAACAUUUGCUCGGAUAGCAGGAUAUUGUGAACAAACUGAUAUUCACUCUCCUCAUGUCACAGUCUAUGAGUCCUUACAAUAUUCUGCAUGGCUCCGGUUGCCCGCUGAAGUCGAUCAUGCAACCAGAAAGAUGUUCGUUGAUGAGAUCAUGGAACUUGUGGAGCUAACCCCACUAUGGGAAGCGCUUAUUGGGUUGCCUGGUGUGAAUGGUCUUUCAACUGAACAGCGCAAGAGGCUUACAGUUGCAGUUGAGCUCGUAGCCAACCCAUCCAUAAUAUUCAUGGAUGAACCAACCUCAGGACUUGAUGCCAGGGCUGCAGCAAUAGUGAUGAGAACGGUGAGAAACACAGUAGACACAGGACGAACUGUGGUGUGCACAAUCCAUCAGCCAAGCAUUGAUAUAUUUGAUUCUUUCGAUGAGCUGCUUCUUUUGAAAAGAGGAGGCGAAGAAAUAUAUGUCGGUCCAUUAGGUCGCCAUUCUUCCCAUCUCAUCACGUACUUUGAGGGAAUCAAUGGAAUUAGUAAAAUUAAAGAUGGUUAUAAUCCGGCAACGUGGAUGUUAGAGGUAACUUCACCAGCACAAGAAAGCACUCUUGGGAUUAACUUUGCUGAGGUGUACAGGAACUCAGAACUAUACAGGAGAAACAAAGAUUUGAUCAAGGACUAUAGUGUACCAGCUCCAGGCUGGAAAGAACUACAAUUCCCUACUAAAUACUCACAAACUUUCUACACACAAUGCAUGGCUUGUCUAUGGAAACAACAUUGGUCAUAUUGGCGAAACCCGUCAUACAAUGCAGUGAGACUCAUGUUUACCACCUUCAUAGCCCUAAUGUUUGGUACAAUAUUCUGGGAUCUUGGCUCCAAAAGGGAAAGGAAACAAGAUUUCUUCAAUGCAAUGGGUUCUAUGUAUGCUGCUAUACUAUUUAUUGGUGUGCAAAAUGCCACAUCAGUGCAGCCAGUUGUUGCGAUAGAGAGAACAGUUUUUUACAGAGAAAGAGCUGCUGGCAUGUAUUCAGCUUUGCCAUAUGCCUUUGGACAGGUUGUUAUCGAAAUCCCAUACGUUUUGGUUCAAACUAUCAUAUAUGGAGUGAUAGUUUAUUCCAUGAUUGGAUUUGACUGGACAGCUGCCAAGUUCUUUUGGUAUCUAUUCUUCAUGUACUUCACCUUAUUAUACUUCACAUUCUAUGGAAUGAUGACAACAGCUGUCACUCCCAACGAACACAUCGCUGCCAUAGUUUCAUCUGCCUUCUGCCUAAUUUGGAACAUUUUCUCUGGAUUUGUCAUUCCAAAGACGAGGAUUCCGGUGUGGUGGAGAUGGUAUUAUUACAUUUGCCCUGUGUCUUGGACUAUGUAUGGAUUAGUUGCUUCACAGUUUGGAGACAUAAAGACCAGGCUUGACACAGGCGAAACAGUGGAAGAUUUCAUGAAAAGUUACUUCGGCUUUAGAUACGACUUUGUUGGAUAUGUUGCGAUCAUUAUAGUUGGAAUAGAUGUGCUCUUUGGGUUCAUCUUUGCCUAUUCAAUCAGGACAUUCAACUUUCAAAAAAGAUGA